AGACGGGCCGAGGAGAGAGGACGGGCUGACAGCUGGCGAGAGGGCGAAGGAGCUGGGGGAGAAGGAGGGAAGGGAUUCGUCGGAGUAACUUUCCAGAAAAACAGUCAACGUGUAGCAGGAGUGACUCCAAGAGGGGAAAAAAAGUUCAGUUACCACGUCGAACCAGAGGACUCGCAAAGUAUUUUUCAAAUGGGCUCGGCUUUUCCUGUGCCUGUUUAAAACAUUAAAAUCGUGCAGCAAAAGAGGCUGCGUGCGCUGGUCCCUCCCUCCCCCACCCGGGCCUGAGACGUCAUGGGAGGGAGGUAUAAAAUUUCAGCAGAGAGAAAUAGAGAAAGCAGUGUGUGUGCAUGUGUGUGUGAGAGAGGGAGAGGGAGAGGAGCGAGAGGGAGAGAGAGAGAGGGAGAAGGAGAGGGAGAAGCAGCAGGGAGAGGAAGGGAGGGAAGCAGAAAGCCAAGGCCAAGGGAAUGAGCAAGAGAGGGGAGAGAUAGGGGAAGAAGCCUGAGAAAGAAGGAAUAACAGCUUUCCGGAGCAGGCGUGCAGGGACCUGGCUGCUAUUUUCUUUUUCUUCUCCUUUUUAUUUUUGUAAAGAGAAGCAGGGAACAGAAGCAAUGGCCGAGGGAGAAGACAAGCCGAGGUGCUGGUGACCUUGGGCGUCCAAGUGGAUUAUUGGGGCUGCUCUCCAGGGGCCUGUCCUCCCUGCCUUCCAAUUGCACAUACCCCCACUUCCCAGCCAAUGAAGACGAGAGGCAGCGUGAACAAAGUCAUUUAGAAAGCCCCCGAGGAAGUGUAAACAAAAGAGAAAGCAUGAAUGGUGUGCCCGAGAGACAAGUGUGUCCUGCGCUGCCCCCACCUUUAGCGGGGCCAGUCCAGCCCAGCCCUGCCUCUCCCCACCUACUCACUGGCUAUCUGACUUUUUUUUAAACAUUUUUUUUUCUCCUUUUCUUUUCCAUUCUCUUUUCUUAUCCUCCUUCAGGGCAAGGCAAGGAUUUUGAUUUUGGGACCCAGCCAUGGUCCUCCUGCUCCUUCUUUAAAAUACCCACUUUCUCCCCAUUGCCAAGCGGCAUUUGGCAAUAUCAGAUAUCCGCUCUAUUUAUUUUUACCUAAGGAAAAACUCCAGCUCCCUUCCCACUCCCAGCUGCCUUGCCACCCCUCCCAGCCCUCUGCUUGCCCUCCACCUGGCCUGCUGGGAGUCAGAGCCCCGCAGAACCUGUUUAGACACAUGGAGAAGAGACCCAGAGCUCCAAGGCACACAGUCGGCGUCUUCGCGCUCAGGGUUGCCAGUGCUUCCUGGAAGUCCUGAAGCUCUCGCAGUGCAGUGAGUUCAUGCACCUUCUUGCCAAGCCUCAGUCUUCGGGAUCUAGGGAGGCCGCCUGGUUUUCCUCCCUCCUUCUGCACGACUGCUGGGGUCUCCUCCUCGCCGGGCCUCGCAGCAGCGCCCCCCCCCCCAGCCGCUCUCCCCAGCUUGCGCAUGAAGAUGCACUUGCAAAGGGCUCUGGUGGUCCUGGCCCUGCUGAACUUUGCCACGGUCAGCCUCUCUCUGUCCACUUGCACCACCUUGGACUUUGGCCACAUCAAGAAGAAGAGGGUGGAAGCCAUUAGGGGACAGAUCUUGAGCAAACUCCGGCUCACCAGUCCCCCUGAGCCAUCGGUGAUGACCCACGUCCCCUACCAGGUCCUGGCCCUUUACAACAGCACCCGGGAGCUGCUGGAGGAGAUGCAGGGGGAGAGGGAGGACAGCUGCACUCAGGAAAACACCGAGUCGGAGUAUUAUGCCAAAGAAAUCCAUAAAUUCGACAUGAUCCAGGGGCUGGCGGAGCACAAUGAGCUGGCCGUCUGCCCCAAAGGAAUCACCUCCAAGGUUUUCCGCUUCAACGUGUCCUCAGUGGAGAAAAAUGGAACCAACCUGUUCCGAGCAGAAUUCCGGGUCUUGCGGGUGCCCAACCCUAGCUCCAAGCGCAGUGAGCAGAGGAUCGAGCUCUUCCAGAUACUCCGGCCUGAUGAGCACAUUGCCAAACAGCGCUAUAUCGGCGGCAAGAAUCUGCCCACACGGGGCACUGCCGAGUGGCUGUCCUUUGAUGUCACUGACACUGUGCGUGAGUGGCUCUUGCGAAGAGAGUCCAACUUAGGUCUGGAAAUCAGCAUUCACUGUCCAUGUCACACCUUUCAGCCCAAUGGAGACAUCCUGGAAAACAUUCAUGAGGUGAUGGAAAUCAAAUUCAAAGGUGUGGACAGUGAGGAUGAUCAUGGCCGUGGAGAUCUAGGGCGCCUCAAGAAGCAGAAGGACCACCACAACCCUCACCUCAUCCUCAUGAUGAUUCCCCCUCACCGGCUGGACAACCCAAGCCAGGGCGGGCAGAGGAAGAAGCGGGCCCUGGACACCAAUUACUGCUUCCGCAAUUUGGAGGAGAACUGCUGUGUGCGCCCUCUCUACAUUGACUUCCGACAAGAUCUGGGCUGGAAAUGGGUCCAUGAACCUAAGGGCUACUACGCCAACUUCUGCUCCGGCCCUUGUCCCUACCUCCGCAGCGCGGACACAACCCACAGCACGGUGCUGGGACUGUACAACACUCUGAAUCCGGAAGCCUCUGCCUCGCCUUGCUGUGUGCCCCAGGACUUGGAGCCCCUGACCAUCCUGUACUAUGUUGGGAGGACCCCCAAGGUGGAACAGCUGUCUAACAUGGUGGUCAAGUCCUGUAAGUGCAGCUGAGACCCUGCCUGCGACAGAGAGAGAGGACAGAGGCCUGCCACCGCCUGACUGCCUGCUCCUCGGGAAACACAAAGGCAACAGACCUCCCCGAGAGGCCUGGAGCCCCCAACCUUCGGCUCCAGGCAGAUGGCUGAGACACAGUUCCCUUUUGGGACAUUUCUCCUUCGUGCUGGCUCUGAGAAUCACUGUGGUAAAGAAAGUGUGGGUUUGGCUAGGGGAAGGCCCAACUCUUCAGAAUACACAGAUUUUCUGUGACGUAGACGGAGGUGGUGGGGACAGAGGAAGAGGGAUGGCAAGCCGACACGGGACGCAUCAUGCGGCAAUGGAUCUGGGAUACCCUGGGGAGGAGGAAGGGCAGAGAAUGGCCGGGACAGGGCCAGGCCGGAAGACACUUCUGAGGUCAGAUGUGCUCAUCGCUGCCCCACAUCUGCUCUAGGGAAUCGGGAUUACAUUAUACAAGGCAAGCAUUUUCCUUCAGACAGGUUACCUAGACAAAGUCCCAGAAUUGUAUCUCCUACUACCUGGGAUUAAGGAUGAGUCUGUUAUUUUGGCAAAUUGUCCUCUCAACAUCAAUCAACAGCACGAAGGGUCAUUACAGGGAGAAAAAUCCAGGGAAUGUAGUUCCCGGGCCGUCAACUCUAUGGGGCCAUCUGGAUACGCUGAACUCAGAAGCAGAGGGUGCGAAUGAACACUCUCCUGUCUGCCCUCUGGGUCCCUCCUCUCGCUUUCUUCCUCAAUCGUAUUUUCCCUCGGACAUCUGGCUAGACACCUUCCAGGUCAGGGCACACAUAUUUGGAUUUGGGGUCUGUGCAGUCUUGGGGCAUUAUGGGUCCCCCCACCCCAGACCCUGUGUCCAUCUGGUGUUCCUGGAAGCAGGUGCUAGAACGGGUGAGGCGUGCGGGGAGGUCACACAUGCGCCACACGAUGACUUGGCCCCAGACACGUAGACUGAGGUAUAAAGACAAAUAUAAAUAUUACUCUCAAAAUCUUUGUAUGAAUAAAUAUUUUUGGGGAAUCUUGGAUCAUUUCAUCUUCUGGAAGAUUGUCUCUAGAACAGUAAAAGCCUAUUCUAAGGUGUAAGUCUGACUGGAUAAAUAUCCUUGAUUACUCUUUUCUUAA